UUGGGGGCGGGGCUGAAGGAGUCUGACUCUGAAGCGGGAGUUUGUGUCAGUCAGACUGUGAGUGAGAAGCUCAAUCCGCUAGUUGUUCCCUCUCCUCCCUGGAAAUGACUUCCCAGUGCCCCCGCUGCCGGGCCCCCGUCUACUUCGCAGAGAAAGUGAGCUCCUUGGGGAAAAACUGGCAUCGCUUCUGCCUGAAAUGCGAGCUGUGCAAUAAGAUCCUGUCUGCGGGCGGCCAUGCCGAGCAUGACGGACAGCCCUACUGCCACAAGCCCUGCUACGGUGCCCUGUUUGGCCCCAAAGGGGUGAAUAUCGGCGGUGUCGGAUCCUACAUCUAUGAUACGACCCCCCAAAUCUCACAGAAUCCAGUAUCUCCCACCCUGUGUGUCCCAAACCACUCCAGUAGCACCAACACAAAACCAGCAACUAAAGCCCCAGCACCAAUGAGAACCUUCGCUGGCGAGACGGCGCUGUGCCCGGGCUGCGGGAAACCAGUGUUCUUCGCUGAGAAAGUGAUGUCUCUAGGGAGAAACUGGCACCGCCCGUGCCUGAGAUGCCAGCGCUGCAACAAAACAUUAACUGCAGGGGGGCACGCAGAGCAUGAUGGGCUGCCAUACUGCCAUGUUCCAUGCUACGGCUACCUCUUUGGACCAAAAGGAGUGAACAUUGGUGACGUUGGCUGUUACCUGUACGAUCCAUUAACCGAGACUGUCAAUUAGAUGUCUCUUCCAUCUGUGCUUGUGCCCCCAAGUUUCGCUGCUUCCGGCGCCUCACUGUAUCGCACUGGGUUCCUGAAGGGAAACGGCGGGUUCCAUCUCUCCCAGCGGAACCAAGCCCGGAACAUUUCACUUUAUCCCACGGUGGGCUGGAUCCUCUGGUUCUGGAUAAUAAAAGGAGCCCAUAAUAUGCCUCCGAUUACAGGGUGUGUGUGUGGGACGGUGUCUCACUGGGGUACAGAACCAGCGCCAGAACCUUAGGGGCACCCUGCCCCAUGUGUAACUCUAUAACUGUCAGAUCCUGCCUUAUUCACUCUCAUUCGGCCCAAUGGUUUCAUCCAAUCAUUUGUCCCCAGAUCAACCAUCAGAUCAUAAAGGCUCCCAAUGCCGACCCACAGGGAUGGGAGCUGUAGUUCAGCGCUGCCUGUUCCCCUUGAGCUAUUCCUACCUGCCCCCUGUGUAUCUGCCACAGUCUGGGGCCCAUUGGCCGGGCAGGUCCCAUACACUUCCCAACAAGCGGCCAAAUUGGUCUCAAACUAUAUUGGCCCACAUGUGCCCAAGCGGGACGUUUCCUGCCCAGCUAUGAACUCUAUACAGUACCGGGCGCCUGCGAAACUGCCCCAAUCAACCUUAUUUAUUUACAUUGUAUUUAGAGCUUCCGGAGCAAAGACCGGAACUUUAUGUUUAAUGCACGCGAAGCCCCUGCGAUCAUUUAAUAUUACUUGCCCUUUAAAGGGAUACUGUCUCUUUAAUGAUUCAAUGUUACUUGCCCUUUAAAGGGAUACUGUCUCUUUAAUGAUUCAAUGUUACUUGCCCUUUAAAGGGAUACUGUUUCUUAAAUGAUUCAAUGUUACUUGCCCUUUAAAGGGAUACUGUCUCUUUAAUGAUUCAAUGUUACUUGCCCUUUAAAGGGAUACUGUCUCUUAAAUGAUUCGAUGUUACUUGCCCUUUAAAGGGAUACUGUUUCUUUAAUGAUUCGAUGUUACUUGCCCUUUAAAGGGAUACUGUCUCUUAAAUGAUUCGAUGUUACGUGCCCUUUAAAGGGAUACUGUUUCUUUAAUGAUUCAAUGUUACUUGCCCUUUAAAGGGAUACUGUUUCUUUAAUGAUUCAAUGUUACGUGCCCUUUAAAGGGAUACUGUCUCUUAAAUGAUUCGAUGUUACGUGCCCUUUAAAGGGAUACUGUUUCUUUAAUGAUUCGAUGUUACUUGCCCUUUAAAGGGAUACUGUCUCUUUAAUGAUUCAAUGUUACUUGCCCUUUAAAGGGAUACUGUAAAACAAAAUAAAAAAUAUUUACUUUUUCCUGGGAAA